GCGCCGCAGAGGCGGCGGCGGUGGCGGCGAGCUGGGUGCCCUCGGGGACGCUCGCGCGGCUGCUCCGGUGGGUGGCCGGGAAAGGCACCGGGAGAGCGCGGCUGGCGAGAGAUAACACAGCUGUGCUCCCGGGGCCUGCAAUUUCAAGGCCUCCCUGCCUCUGCUAGGAACCCCGAGACUUGCCAUGGGGAACCACUUGACUGAGAUGGCGCCCACCGCCUCCUUCUUGCCCCACUUCCAGGCCCUGCAUGUCGUGGUCGUUGGGCUGGACUCCGCUGGAAAGACCUCCCUCCUUUACCGCCUCAAGUUCAAGGAGUUUGUCCAGAGUGUCCCCACCAAAGGGUUCAACACCGAGAAGAUCCGGGUGCCCUUGGGGGGGUCCCGUGGUAUCACCUUCCAAGUGUGGGAUGUUGGGGGACAGGAGAAGCUGCGGCCACUGUGGCGCUCCUACACCCGUCGGACAGAUGGACUGGUGUUUGUGGUGGAUGCUGCUGAGGCCGAGAGGCUGGAGGAGGCCAAGGUGGAACUACACCGAAUCAGUCGGGCCUCGGACAACCAGGGUGUGCCGGUACUUGUGCUGGCCAACAAGCAGGACCAGCCUGGGGCCCUGAGCGCAGCUGAGGUGGAGAAGAGGCUGGCAGUCCGAGAGCUGGCGGCUGCCACGCUCACCCACGUGCAGGGCUGCAGCGCUGUGGACGGGCUGGGUCUGCAGCCGGGCCUGGAACGCCUGUACGAGAUGAUCAUCAAGAGGAAAAAGGCGGCCAGGGCAGGCAAGAAGAGACGGUGACCCGAGGAUGUUCCCUCCCCACCUAGUAGGGGUCUGCACACUUGGAGAGCCUGGUGGGGCCUGUGACUCAGCCUGGCAUGCAGGACCUGCCCACUUUAAUGAAGGAUGGAGGAGAAUGUGGGGGGUCCUUUUUGGUGCCACACUGGGGAGGGAGAUGGGAUGUCUUUGCACAUUUCUCCCUCAUCCUCCCCUUGGAGAAGUGGGGGCUGCAGGACUGUGGAGGCUUAAAUGUAAACUGUGACUCUACCUCGACCCUGUUUCUCGUAUUUCUUCUCUGGCUUUUUAAUCAGAUGUGUUUUAGGGGGAUGGAAGGUGGCUUAGAGAAUGCAUUUGGGAUGAAUGAGAACUAUUUCCCUUCCCCCAACUGGGGAGUCUCCCAGGCUGCUUUUCUAGGGAUGCCAGUCACAAUAGUUUUUAUUUUUGUGUCUGUGUGAAAGUGCCAAGAACCCCUCCCUACAUUCAUAGAUCCAAGACCCUUUUUAUAACUCCUGUGUCCUCUGUAUUAUUAUUGUUAUUAACUGUUUUUUAGCAUUUGCCUGUAAGUUAUUAAAGACUGAUGACUCUGUAGUUCUUA